GAGUUUUUUUCUGUCUGGUCUGACGGACAAUAGUUACACUCGUCCAAUGUUGUGUUAGUAACGCGAUGGGUGUCAAUUAAAAUAUUAAAACCAAACAGAGACCGGAAUCGUAGUUUUCGUUUGCCUUGAAUACUUUAUACUUUUAUCGCAUAAUUAAUUAAAACCGAAAAAAAUAUGGAUAUCACAUCGUACACAGUGGUUCUGCUGUUAACUGUGUUAUGCGGUCUUCAGGCUUCUGGAGAGGAGUACAAUAAUUACACCAGCGAAGAAGAAUUAAUUCUGCAAGCUAUGAUCAACAAAUUUGUUUACAAUUACAAGUCUAUAGGUGUUCAACCAUCUACAAAACCGUCGACACACAUACAACGUAUUAGUAAAAAACGUCAGGAUAACAGUCCACCAAUUGUUCCAAGUUACCCAGAAUCUGCGGCCCCUAUUCCAUUUCCAAUAAACCCAUUUUUCACAAAUCCUCAUUACCAUCACGCUGUAUACACUAAUUAUGUACCGCUAACAACACAUGUACAAGUAUUACCCAUGCCGGACUUAGUAUAUCCCCAAGAAGAAAGUCACCACCGCAUUUACGUACCCUUAAGUCAACCUUAUCCCUAUAGAUACGAACACAUUCCGGUAUCACAAGGCUUAAAACCGUCAAGUUAUUUAACACCGGUAGAACCAACAUACACUCCGGUGAUUGUGUCAAACGUCAACAGUGCUGAAGAUGACAAAACCGGAGGCAUAGAAGCACCUGCGGUGGACAUUCCUGAAGUGACCGGAAAUCAACAUGCAGGAAAUAACAUCCAUGUACAAACUUUAGAACCCCAGACAGAAAACACUGUUCCUAUGGAACCAAAUCCUAUUGAAGAAGAUAAUAAAAAUCCGACGAGAAUCGGUAAAAUACUUGAAACAACUCCACAGCCUAAUCUCUCGAAUACUGACCAACCGCCAAGUGAAGUACAUCAGUCGGCACCGUCUAACAUUUUCGAAUUAAACGUACCGCUUCCGUCGCCGGCAUCAGACAACACGAAACCAACUGUCAAUUACCAAGACCUUCAAACGCCAAACGAAUUAGAUGGGAAAAUGCAAUCGCCUAAUCUAACUACUCCCGAAAUCUCAUUAACAACACCGAUGUUUACUACUAUAUCGUCGAUUAGUUCUGAACAAAGUACAAAACACGAGACGACUGGACUAGAAAAUGACAAUGUAAGCACUACGACCCAAGAAACGACAACGGAAACCAAAACAACACCAUACAAGAAAAUCGAGACUACAGAAAUAUCAUCGACGACCGAGUAUUCAAACACCGCAAAGAGCGAUGAGACUAGUGUUAUAUUUCCAUCGACGCCUUUACUGACAACUACACGGUACGAAACAUCUACAAGUCCGACUUCCGUUGUGUAUUCAAUGACUACCUUGUCUGUUGAUACGAAGACAACUGAAAACGAAGAAAACUCAAAUUAUAAACAAAGAGCUAAUAAUGAAUAUGAAAACCAAAUAAAUAUAUCCGUUUCAGAAAACCCUUCCACUCCGAAUCCAUCAACUGAAACUACCACCGUGUCCAAAAACACUGCUGAACCAGUCCAAUCUACAGAACAGCCGAUACCGUCUACCGAAUUUACAUCUGACCGUACGAUAAUAUCCGUAGAAAAAGUAGCCAACGUUUUAAGUACUACAUUGAUUCCAGACACCGUUACAAUGUCGUCGACUUCCAAACCAGAUGAUGACAAAAACAGCAGUUAUGUAACAGAUGAACCAUUAAUUAGCAGGAAUCAAGUGUCCAAUCUGUCACCGACUAUUCAAGACGAUAAAAGUACAAAUAUUCCGCCUAGUGGUGAAAAAAAGGAAGCAUAUAUUACACCGGAAUUCGUAACUAUAGCUGCACCUACACGUCAGCCAACGUACAACAGUGAAAUACUUCAACCGGUGCCUACAUCUGACGACCCGGUAAAACCAGUUGUGUCUGGUUCCAAUAUGUCGCCCGAAUGUGAAGCAGCCAAUAAGGAUGCGAUUAAAACCAUAAUUUGCAAUUCGGAAAAAAUUAAGAGUCGUGCAAAAGCGAAUAGUAUCCCAUCGAAAAAAGCCAAUGAACUCAAAAUCAAGCCAGCAUUAAUUACCGUUUUAAACAAAACCAAUGGAGCAAGAGUGUCUUUAUACGAAUCCGGUAAACUAAACAGAAGGAUCCCAUCAAAAACCCAAGAUCAUCAUGCGACCAACUAUGGUGUAUUAAAACCUGAAGAACUGGACAACAGUUCACUGUGGUAUGAAAACACACCAAAUCAGAGAUCACGGGAACACGACAAUAGCCGGGAGCAAACGCAACUAGCUUUGAAUAAAAAAAUAGCAAAACUGUUCAAGCCCGAGUAUGAGAAACAAAUUUUAACUGGACCUAACCAGGGCACAGUAAUACGAAUAGCAAAACCCGGAGAACAAGACAGAACCGUCCUGAUCAUUUUACCGGUGAUCACGGAACCCGCAAAGAACAUGGCAGAAAAAAUCAGCGAAAACGUCGAAAUCAAACGUUCUUAAACAAUUGCAACAUAAUCUUUAUUAAUAUAGAUACUGUUUUUAUGUAACUACUAAAAAAAAGAACUAUUUAAUCUUAAGAAUAAAUUGCGUUUAAUUGUA